AUGGAUGGCAUCACCCAAGCUAAGCAAGAUGCCGUGACGGUGGAGUUUGUGAAGCCUGGGCCACUGCAGCAACUCCCUCUUCCAAGGGAACUAGUUCAGUUGAAUGACGAUGAGCUUGCUAAGCUUGAGAAAAGCCUUGUGCGGAAACUUGAUAGCUGUCUUCUCCCUGCGGUCAUCAUUCUGUUCCUGAUGAACAUCCUUGAUCGUAACAACAUUGCCAAUGCCAAGAUUGCAGGACUUCCUGAUACUCUAGGGAUAUCAAAUGCCCAAUAUAACACAUGUUUAAUGAUAUUUUAUGUCGGAUAUAUUAUUACACAAAUUCCAUCCAACCUGAUCAUCACAAAAGUCAGACCGUCACUCUAUAUUGGACUGGUGACAGCUGCGUGGGGAAUUGUUUCUAUGUGCCAGGCUCUCACACACAACUUUACAGGUCUUUUGCUAUGUCGCUUCGUUCUUGGGUUGGUGGAAGGGCCCUUCUUACCGGGCGUUUUCUUCUUGAUGUCUUGUUGGUAUAAACGAUCCGAGCUACCACCUCGCAUUGCUUUGCUUUACGGUGCCAAUAUGCUGGCAAGCGCAUUUGGAGGAUUGAUAGCUGCAGGCAUUGUGGCGCGGAUGGAAGGAAAGCUAGGCAGACCGGCCUGGGAAUGGUUGUUCAUUAUCGAAGGCUCCAUGACUAUUGCUAUUGCGUUGUUUGUGAUCCCUUUCAUCCCCGAUUAUCCAGGAACUAAGCGAUGGUGGCUGGAAAAUGAGCAUCAGAUACUUGCUGAUUGGAGACUGCAAAAUGAAAAUGCUGGCCUAGUGGAUGAUGACCCUAAAUCAUUGAUCUGGGGUCUUAAACAAGCCCUCCUCGACCCCAAGCUAUAUAUGUUUAUUGUACUACAGAUGGCACUAAUCACAGCCCAGUCUUUCAACAAUUUCUUUCCUUCGAUUGUAGGCACACUGGGAUACAACGACACUAUAACGCUGCUGCUCACAGCGCCGCCGUAUGCAUUCGCAUUUAUUUGCUCUUUGGCUAUCUCUUUCCAUGCAGCACACGAGCAAGAGCGUGGCUUCCAUAUUGCCAUCCCAUUGGCCUUCGCUCUGCUUGGUAACUUGUUAGCAAUGUUUGUACCAUCUACAGGCGGUCGAUACUUCAGCAUGUUCCUCAUGACUGCUGGCUCAUAUUCUCCCUACAAUCUAUGUGUCUCUUGGCUGAGCUCUACACUUCCUCGGCCGAAGGCCAAGCGUGCAACAUCCCUUGCCAUUGUGAAUUUGAUGGGGGCCGGUGUUGCACAUUUUUACACAUCAUAUAUGUUUCCAGACUCUCAGAAGCCACGGUACUAUGCCGGUGGUGGUGUCAUGAGUGGUGCUUGUUUGGUCUGUGCAGUCACAGCUCUAGGGAUCAAGUGGCAUUUGAACCGGCAGAACGCUGAACUUGAAAGAGCGGAAGCGGAAGAAGGGAGAUUAGCUGGGUCGGCUAUCUCAGGCAUGAAGACAGGAAGUCGUCCAGAUGGGGUUGUUGCCUUCCGAUACGUUCACUAG